GGCUUCCGGGGGGCGGUGCGCGGGAAGGGAACCCCCGGGGGCCCCGCGGCGGCGGGCGAGACCCGGGGACCAGCCGCCUCCCCGGGGUUGGGUAGGGAUCCGUUGCGGGCCGGCCGCCAGUCUCAGCUCGGUCGCGGGCCAGGCCCGGCCCCGGUCCUGGGCGCAGCAUGAAGUGUCUGGUCACGGGCGGCAACGUGAAGGUGCUCGGCAAGGCCGUCCAUUCCCUGUCCCGUAUCGGGGAUGAGCUCUACCUGGAGCCCCUGGAAGACGGGCUCUCCCUCCGGACGGUGAACUCCUCUCGCUCUGCCUAUGCCUGCUUCCUCUUUGCCCCACUCUUCUUCCAGCAGUACCAGGCCGCCACCCCUGGUCAGGAAGCCCUGCGCUGUAAGAUCUUGAUGAAGUCGUUCCUGGCCGUCUUCCGCUCGCUGGCGAUGGUGGAGAAGACUGUGGAGAGAUGCUGCAUCUCGCUGAAUGGCAGGAACAGCCGCCUGGUGGUCCAGCUGCACUGCAGAUACGGGGUGAGGAAGACUCACAACCUGUCCUUCCAGGAAUGCGAGUCCCUGCAGGCCGUCUUCGACCCAGCCUUGUGCUCCCAUGUGCUCCGUGCCCCCGCACGGGUCCUGGGGGAGGCUGUUCAGCCCUUCCCCCCCACAUUGGCAGAAGUGACGCUGGGCAUCGGCUCUGGCCGCAGGGUCAUCCUGCGCAGCUACCAGGAGGAGGAGGCAGACAGGACUGUCAAAGCCAUGGUGACGGAGAUGAGCAUCGGGGAGGAGGACUUCCAGCAGCUGCAGGCCCAGGAAGGGGUGGCCAUCACUUUCUGCCUCAAGGAAUUCCGGGGACUCCUGACUUUCGCAGAGUCCGCAAACUUGUCUCUUAGCAUUCACUUCGAUGUGCCGGGCAGGACCUGUCAUCUGCCUAGGCCAGCCAUCUUUGCCAUCAAGGACUCCCUGCUGGACGGACACUUCGUCCUGGCCACAAUGUCCGAGUCGGACCUGCGCUCCCCAGAGCUACACAGGCUGGCGCCUCCGCUCCAGGCUCACAGCACACCCCACCUGGAUGACUUUGCCAAUGACGACAUUGACUCUUACAUGAUCGCCAUGGAAACUACUGCAGACAUCGAGGGCUCCCGGGCAGUACCCUCUGUGUCCUUUUCACCUGGCCACCAGCCCCCUUCUAGCCCUGGCCCCUACUCAGAGGACAACGACACUGAGCCCAGUAUAGAGCCUGGGACUCCCCCCCCCAAGAAGUUCCGCUCGCUGUUCUUUGGCUCCGUCCUCGCCCCUGCACACUCCCCUCCCGGCCCCAGCCCUGUGCUGGCUGAAGAUAGUGAGGGUGAAGGCUGAACCGAGAACAAGCCCAUGUCCAGAGGCCCUGGACUAGACGAAGCCACGGCCUCCCCCUUCCCCCAGAGGGCUGAUCUCUGCCCUGGUGGGUGGUAAAGGCAGGCUGUGCUGGA